UAGUUAAGAAGGAAAAUAUAUGGUUUUUUCAUCAAGAGAUAUUCAAUUGACAAUCUCUUUUUUGAUGUGUGUGAAUCUCUUCACAAGAGAAGUCAUAUUCUUAUUGUUUUGUAAAACUGUAAUGGUAAGUCUGAUACCACCACCAACUUCAACUGUUCUGAGUAGCAUGAUGCUUCAUUCUCUUUCACCUAGUGAAAUAAGGCUUGGUUGUUGUUGUUGACACUUCACUCUAUGAUGUGUUUUUGGUAUUCCAGAACUGAAUUUCAUAUGGAGUAUUCACUGACCCAGAUCAGGUGGCAAAAAUGAGAAAUCAACACCAAUGAUUUAUGUUGAUCUUUUUUAAAUUAUGAGAAUGAGGCCACUUUAGGGAAAGAAUGCUUUUUCUUUAUAAAGUACAAUGGAGAAUCAAACUUUAGCUUUUUCUUUUUCAGUUCUAUUUUUUCUUGGAUUCUCAAUUAUCACAAUAGCCUUUGUUUUUUUUUUUCGUUCUCCCUUCUUGGUUGCUUCUGAAACUUAUAAGCACCGGUUUGUGAAGAAAUUUCUUUAUUCUCAGUGAAAAGUGCACUUUAGUCCCCCACUAUUUAAAGUUCACAGGCAAGCCUUUGGCUUUUUACUUUUUCUUUUUAAAUGGAGGAGUCAGCAUAACACUUCAAGUGUUGAAAGAAAGAAAAUGCCUCAACUGAUGCAUCUGAAAGAAGGAAGUCCCUUUCCUUACUAACUGUUCAAAAUAUGGCUGAUUCUAGACGACUUCAUGCGAUCAUGGUCACCCCAAAUCGUUCCAUUUACCAGAAUAAAAAUAGCCAAUUUGAGAUUUGUAUAUGUCCACUUUCCUAGCUAUAUGAUCAGGUAACAAUUUGCUUUAAUUUCUAAAGCCAAUCAGGAAAAGAUGAACAGUUAAGCUCAGAACCUGGAACAAUACCUAGUCUUGAUUUUGCACCAAGCAAGACCCAUGAAGUUGCAGUUAUCAAUUGUUGCUCUUGUUCUAUUAAGCUCCACACUGUCUCUCUUUGGCUUGAGUGUAGCUGACUUGAACUCUGACCAAAAAGCUCUCUUGGAGUUUGCUGCUUCUGUCCCACAUGCACCAAGGCUCAACUGGAAUGACUAUUCUUCAAUAUGUACCUCAUGGCUUGGGGUGACUUGCAACUCAAAUGGCACACGUGUCGUAGGCCUCCACCUUCCAGGAAUGGGAUUAACAGGGUCCAUUCCAGAGAACAGCAUAGGAAAACUAGAUGCUCUAAGGGUCCUGAGUCUUCAUUCCAAUGGCCUUAAAGGAAAUAUUCCUUCUAACAUCCUUUCCAUUCCUUCACUCCAAUUUGCACACCUACAGCACAAUAACUUCUCUGGCCUAAUUCCUUCUCCUGUGUCCCCUAAACUCAUUGCAUUGGAUAUUUCCUUUAACUCAUUUUCUGGCAAUAUCCCACCUACAUUUCAGAACCUUAGAAGACUCACGUGGUUGUACCUCCAAAACAACUCCAUAUCAGGAUUUAUUCCUGACUUUAACCUUCCAAGUCUCAAAUAUUUGAAUUUGAGCUAUAAUAACUUGAAUGGCUCAAUUCCAAGUUCCAUCAAGACAUUCCCUUCUACUUCUUUUGUUGGAAACUCUCUCUUAUGCGGUCCACCUCUCAAUCAUUGCUCUACAAUCUCCCCUUCUCCCUCUCCUUCUUCUGAUUACCAGCCGAGUACUCCAGAAACCACUCAAAACCAAAAAGCUACAACACAUAAGAAAAGCUUUGGCCUAGCUACUAUCCUUGCACUCGUCAUUGGGAGCAUUGCCUUCCUCUCUCUACUAGUUGUAAUAAUCUCUGUGUGCUGUUUGAAGAGGAAGAAAAACAUUAAAAGCAGUGGCAUACUGAAAGGAAAGGCUUCUUGUGCUGGAAAGCCUGAGGUUUCAAAGAGUUUUGGGAGUGGUGUGCAAGGGGCUGAAAAGAACAAGUUGUUUUUCUUUGAAGGUUCAUCUUAUAGCUUUGACCUUGAGGAUUUGCUAAAGGCUUCAGCUGAAGUUCUAGGAAAAGGGAGCUAUGGAACAGCAUACAAGGCUGUUUUGGAGGAAGGAACAACAGUGGUAGUUAAAAGGUUGAAGGAAGUUGUGGUUGGAAAGAAGGAGUUUGAGCAGCAUUUGGAGAUUGUGGGAAGAAUUGGACACCAUCCCAAUGUCAUGCCCCUUAGAGCUUAUUACUAUUCCAAAGAUGAGAAACUUCUAGUUUACAACUACAUGCCAGGUGGCAGCUUGUUUUUCUUGUUGCAUGUUACCAACUUCAAUUGUGACAAUGCUAUAUCUUUGCCUAACUCGUCUAUUCCAAUCCAAACAAUAGGAAACAGGGGUGCAGGAAGAACUCCAUUAGAUUGGGAUUCCAGAGUGAAGAUUUCACUUGGAGCUGCAAAGGGAAUAGCAUUCAUUCACUCAGAGGGUGGUCCAAAAUUCACACAUGGCAACAUAAAGUCAACCAAUGUGCUCAUAACCCAAGAACUUGAUAGCUGCAUCUCUGAUAUUGGUUUGCCUCCUCUAAUGAACACACCAGCAACCAUGUCUAGAUCCAAUGGUUAUAGAGCACCAGAAGUUUCUGAUUCAAGAAAGAUCACUCAAAAAUCUGAUGUAUACAGCUUUGGUGUGCUGCUGCUUGAAAUGCUAACAGGAAAGAGCCCAAUGAGAUAUCCUGGUCAUGAAGAUGUGGUUGAUCUUCCAAGAUGGGUGAGGUCUGUUGUUAGAGAGGAAUGGACAGCUGAAGUCUUUGAUGAGGAGCUUCUGAGAGGGCAAUAUGUUGAAGAGGAAAUGGUGCAAAUGCUUCAGAUUUCAUUAGCAUGUGUAGUUAAGGUGCCAGAUAUGAGGCCUAGAAUGGAUGAAGUUGUUAGAAUGAUAGAGGAAAUUAAGCAUCCUGAGAUGAAGAACCGGCCAUCUUCUGAGUCUGAGUCUGCUGUGCAGACACCAUAAAUCUUUGCCUGUCAACUGCAAUUCAGAGGAAUGGCUGAGGUUCCUCAUAUUCUGUCCUGUUAUUAAGCGAUAACGAUGUGUCAUUGUAAAAUGCUAAUGGUUUCGUUCAUUUUGCCCAUAAAAGCUUUCUUGUUUCACUCUAUUUGUUGUUGCCUUCUGAAACUUUUGGCUAACUGUUCAGUCAAUGGAAAUAAUUCAAGUUUCAUUUUGCAGAUCAAAGAGGCGCAUUAAUCAACAUUUUCUUUUACUCACAAUCUUUUAGA